AUGACUUCUUAUACUGGAAUACGUAAAGAUUCUAUAAUGCCACAGAAAAUCUUGGCCUUUGAGUUGAAUUUAAAAAAGAAAAACAAAAAUAGUGUUUUAACCAAAGCGACACAGGUGGUGGUGCUUCUCCCAGACACACCAAUAUUACCAAAUUCUUUGUCUGACUCCUUUACUGUGGAUGCCCAGCAUUACUUAGUGAAGAACCUUCCUCUGGCAGAAUUUUGCACCCCAGUUUUCCUUCAGGCAUUCCGUCAAAAAGGUCACUUUCAUGCUUUAUGCUGCGACACACGCAUAGAUGUAGACAAUACAGCUGCCAUGACCCCUGAUGGAUAUCUUCAUAUACUUGUUGAUAAAUUUACGUAUCAGGAGCUGCAGUUGCAUGGAACUCUUUCAUCUCACAUUCUACGCAAGCCUCAGGACAGAUAUGUUAUCAAGAUUAACACCAAUGAGAAGACCUUCAGACCAGGAAAGUCAUACUAUGAAAGGGUUACUUCUGCUCUUGGCCAUCCUCGGCUGAAAUUCAACUUUUGGAUAACAUGGAAGCCAAAGGAUGGUGAUAUAUGCCCUUCAUCAGUAGCCAAAUACUUCCACGAUCUUGGAUUUGCAGUAGAAGAACAAUUACCAGAUGUAUAUAAGAGCAUAGCAUCUGAAGUGGCCAUGCCGAGAUUAGACAAGAACCAGACGGAUGAAGAUGAGGUGGAGCCAGAAGACCUCUUGGAAUGGAUAGGUUGCCAGUCUUUAGGAAUAAGAUUAGAAACUGACCCAAGUUCUAUGUGUGAAUUAGUGAGGCCAAAGGUAUAUGACAUGGUCAGCAAUGUGAAUGCAGUUCACUGUACUGGAUUUUUCACCCCAGAAUAUAUUGUUUCCCUUGUCAGCACUUUGAGGAGCUGGCUGUUAGAGCGAAGUCCCACUGUUGUCCCUUGGCUUAGUGUGACAGUCUAUGGCCAUCCAGACUCGCCUGUUAGUUGGGGUCACCAGGAACACUCAUAUCGUUCCAAUGGAGACAAUUUCUACACUCUUGUUCUGCAAAGGGAUGCUGUCCACGUGUUCAAAGUCUUUGGUUCUACACAGCCCCUGAGAAUGUAUCCCAAAGCUAACAAUAAUAAGUAGUUAUGAAUAGAUUUUUUUCUUCUUUUUUUCUUUCCAUUUUAGUCCUUUUUGCUAGAAACAAAAAAAUUUAUCUUUGAGUAUGAUAAUAUAUCAUUAAAUAUAUUACAAU